GUUCAGCUGGGACAGUUGAUGGGAUGCAGAGAGGAGAAAGACGCUGCUGCUGCUGCCGUCGCUGCGGGUGAUGUUUGGAUCCUCGAUCCCUCGUGAUCUUCUGACACAGAGCAACAGGGCUGCAGCAGGCAUGCCAAACACAGCAGGUGAAGUGAGGUUUCUUUGUGGUUAAGAGGUCUAGAUGAUCCCAGCUGACAACGGUGGUCCUACUUAAACCCUCCACUGGUCAUGAAUUGGCCCUGUUGUUUGGGGAGUUAGCACAUUCCUCCCUCCGAACUGUGGAGCAGCUUUAUUGUGCCAAACACUGGACUCCUGAUCCCUACUGACCCGUGUCACCAUGCCAACUCCCACGAUCCUCACAGCAACAACAAAUCCUCGGAGAAGUUGCUAGGUUUACAAGUGUGAGCCUACAUAAAGUAGAUCUCCUCCAGGGCUGAGAGAAAGAGCGACCAGAAGAGAGAGAUGGCUUGCCAGUGUGGUGCCCUGCUGAUUUUAACAUUGCUGGUGAUGAUGGGACUGGUGGGUGGAUGUGUGUGUCCAGCAGCCACCAUUUUGUCCCAGUUUCCCUCUGAGGUUCCUGCUUACAUCUGUUGCUUGAACUACUCCGGCUCUGCUUUCAGCAAUGUGCACUGGUCUGUGUUUACCAAUGAGACAAACAUAGAGACGCUGGAUCUCUCCUUCUGUAAUAUCAGUUCUGUUCAUAUGAGUGGCAGAGACGCCUCUACGUUGCAGAAGGUUUACUUAGGUCAUAACAGACUACCAGCGUUGCCAAGGAAUUUUCUGGCUAGCCAGCGCAGCCUGAUAGAGGUGGAUUUGAGCGAGAACCUGAUUCAGCAGCUUCCUGAGGGUUUUCUUCAGGACUCAGACAGCCUCCAGAAACUGUAUCUGCAGGGAAACCAGCUACGCUUCCUCCCAGCCUCUGUGCUGCAGAAGCCCAGUCUGCAAACGCUGGAGCUGGAUGGGAACCCCUGGGACUGCUCCUGUUUGUUCAUUGAAGCCCUGGAGGAAGGCAGGAAGGUUAACAGGACCACUAAGCUGGAGGAUCUGGUUGGGAACUUGAACUGCGUCUCUCCCCGGCACCUGGCCGGCAGGACUGUGUUGUCGGUGAGGCUAAGCGACGCAUGCCGCCCAGCUGGCCUCACCGCACUCUUCAUCGUGCUUCCUCUUCUCAUCCUCUCCACCUUGGUGCUCUGCUGGUGCUGUGGGAGGAAGAGGAAGGAAGCACCUGUAAGCACCUCAAAAAAGAGAGCUUCCAGCUCCAGCUGCAAUGGCCAGAAGCAUCACAGCAAGCAGAAACCUGCAGCAGCUGAGCAGAAUAAAGCUGGAAACUGUGGCAAUGAGGGGAUUCUGAAGAACCAGCUGCUGCUACGCCCAUCAUCCACCCUCCUGGGCAGCACCAGGGACAUCUAUGAAGAGGUGGAGAUUAGGCUGGGCUCAGUGGAGUCUCUCCCCCGAGUCUCCUCACACGGUUCCAGCUCCACAGAUGGGAAGCAGGGCCCCCAGGGGCCGGACAGGGCCAGCAAGACAGACCUGGACACAGUCAGUGUGACAGAAGUGAUGAAAGACUCAACUGACAGGGAGAAGGCUUACCUGACCCAGUCAACAGAAUACUACAGCCUGGUGCCGGGUAUCGAACUGGAAGACUCAGACCACGGCGAGUAUGAGAACGUCGACCUCUCAUGACACCAUGUUAAAGGAAUAGUUUGACAUUUUGGGAAAUAAUCUUUUUCUUGACAAGAAUCAGAUGAGAAGAUCUGAACCACUCACAUGUUUGCGUGUAAAAGACCCUUAAAACCUAUUUUCUCAAUCAGCUUCUCAGUAUGAUUGAUGAGGUUUUUUAUGAACACAAAAUGUUUGGUUAAUUCACACAAGAAGCAAGCAAGUUACAGUAUAUAUUGAAACAGAAUGGGUGGUCCAACCACUGUGGUAUCACAUUGAAAGAGGAAGUGAUUUAAUCAGGAGCUUUUCCUGUGGGACCUGAGGAACGCGGUGACGGUUUGAAAGAGAGGCCCACUUUUUUUUUCACUCUGGAAAAAAACUAAGACAUUUAUUUUAUUUAAUGUUGCACUCCAUGAAAAUGUACACUGUUGUUUUCACGUCUUUAACAAAGAACAGGCAAGCAUUUGUAUGUACUUUCCUGUACCUCAUCUUAAGCUGCACCUCAAGUACGUAGGUGCCAAACAAUGACUAAUUCCAUUGCAAUGCUCACAGUUAAUUUAUUGUGAAAUGUGGAAUGUAAUGCUUAGGUGAGAAAUCAAAAUGUAUACACGUCAUUGUUAAGCAAGGAUAAAAGGCCUGCUCAUGCUUUAUGUCACACACUAAAACUUGCAUAUAUGUUUUCACUGUGUUCAUGGUUUCACAGCUGGGUUAAGAUAAAAAAUCUCUGUAGUGCCAGUUCAGUAAACUGAGAUACAAAGCAAUUCUGCACAGUGGUGCUAAAACAUAAUGACACUGGAGAGGCGGCCUACACAAAAGACAAGCAAUAAACUAUCAGGGUCAUCGCUAAAGGUGCAGGAUGCAGACACUGGAUUGUUAUAAGAUGUGGAAAACAGACAUCUCAAUGCUAUUUCGCGUUCAGUGAGACAGACACAGAUGAGGGAGUGGGUGCAGCUACAAGGGUGUGGAGCUUCCUGGAAUUUAAAACAACGGACGUGUAUUUUUUUUCCAGAAGCGUUGUCACGUAUUUUACAUCAAUGCUUUAUUCAUCAACAUUGAAAGGUUUACUGCCAGAAGCCCAUAGGUCAAAAGACAAGCAAAUAAGUGAAUGUUGCAUUUUGUAAUUUUGUACACUGAGAAAUAACAUAAAUGUAAUAGUAAACAUGACCGUGGCUACUGGUCACUGAGUUCAUGUCCUCUGUAUUUUGUUUCUUUGUUUAUUUUUAGGCAAAAACGUUUUUAGCAAACUUUUAGGAAACUCUGUUUGUCUGUUUGUUCUGUUAUUGCUACGCCUGUCAGACUGCACAUACGCAGUUAACAGUGAGAACAGUGGCAGAUUUACUAUAAUUGGUGAUUUUUUUUAAACAAUUGGGGUUUUAUUUCUAGCUAGUGACCAUUUUCAUUUUGCUGGCUGAAAUUGAGAUCACUGGCAGAUUUUAUAAGCUGUAGCUAGCUAGCUAGGUUAGCUAAUUAAACUAACAAUAGUUCCAUUAAUUUGUUGAAAACACUCUCAAGGCAGAUAACAUUAGCUUAAUCUCAAAAAGGAUCUAGGACCAUCAAACUGAUGAUUUUAGUUGAAAGUAACGCUUAGCCUACUGUAGCUAGUAAGUUAGCUAUAGCAGGACAUGUUGACAAUUGAAAGAUAUGUUACAGCAGAUAAACCCUUUUUUUUUUACAAAAUUACAACUAGUGUUCUAUAGCAUCAUAUAAAUCUAAAAUUUGCCUGCUUUACCUGGUUUGCUAAGCAAUGAUUGAGCUGUUAGCGGGAUGGAUUUAGUGAAAGGUGAAAAAAACUUGUCUUGUCUUUUGAGACAUAGGCUAAUAUAUUUAAAUUUGAUUACUUUUAAGUUCAUCAUUUGGAUGGAGAUAAGAGACCUGGCAGUAACCUUCAAAAUGCUUUGAAAGACCUUCUAUCUAAUUUACAGAAAGUAGGCUAUAGGCUAUUUGAUGGUUAACUGAAUAAAUAAAAUGUGAAAAAUCUAAAUGUAGAGACCUUUUUUGUGGUUUAUGGUCAAAAGUUUCAAAGGAAUGAGGCCCAUGACCUUGAUAUUUCAAAAUUCUUGCCUAUAGAUUGUUAUUAAGUUGGAAGUACAAUUAGGGCUUAUGUAGUGUUUAGUGGUAAAAACUGCUGCAGUGACAGCUACUAAAUAACAUGUAGGCCUAGUAGCAUGAAUAAUCCUUCUCUGUUAAAACAAAAUGGGUAUACUGGUAUAUGAUACAUAAUAAAAGCACUGAUUUUCAUCAUUAUGUUUAUACUGGCAGAUGCACUUGCACAGUUUUUUGUUUGCAAAACAUUAAAUAUUGUUGAAAGAAAAAUAAAUGUUUUUUUUUCUAAAUCUCUGGCUCAGA